UUUUUUUUAAAUUAAUAUUCAAUGAUAAUUAACGGUUUAUUUUAUUUCUUAUAAAUAUAUUCUCCAUUAAUAACAUCGGAAUGUGUGAUUGGUAAACGUUAGUCAAUAGCAUCUUUAAAAUGGAAACUAAAUACUUUUAAGAAAACUUGAAAAGAAAAAAAAAAAAAAAGACAAUUUGAGAACUGGCUAAGGAAAAGCUGCAAAAUUUGUGGUAUUGACACGCACAAACCGCGUGAUCUUUUUUGCAUUGAUAUUUAAACAGAAAAAUAAAAUGAUGAAAGGUUAAGAAAAACAAAAAAUUUCAGACAUUCACGAUUUGCGUUUAAAUGCGUCGAUAUGUAAAGCAAAAUAAAUAAAAAAAACUCUUCAUAAAAAAUUCAAAAUUGAGAAAUAAAACAUAUUUACACCGUUAUUUCAAAGUUAAGGUUAGUUUUGUGUAAUAAACGGAUGUAAACGUAAAUAAAAAGACUUCGAUUCUUAGUAUAUGUAAAUUUUUCUUCAGAUCAUAAAAAUCAUAUUUUUAUUUUGUUAUGCUAUCGUUGUUGUAUCUAUCUUAUACCAAAAAAUUUAAACAAAGUUUUCCAAAAUAAUAACAAAAACGAUAACGUGAACGUUAAAUGCUAUGUCACUUUACGUUCACAACAUUAUUGAUAUAUAAAAGAAAUCAAUUAACCAAAGAAUUAAAAAAACAACCCUAACUAAACCGCGACCACUAUGAUUUCGCACAGUCCGCCCAUAUUCAGUCAUAGCCCACCAAUUAAUUACUUGGCAGACUAUAUGAACCAACGUCAGAGUAUCAAUUGCAAUGAUGAACACAAUCGUGCCUCACGUUAUUGCCGUCCCCAAGUUAUAACAUUGGCUUCCAAAACUAUGGUUAAAAAGGCUCAACAAAGAGCUACAAGUCCCGUUUUUAAAAAAACGAAAAAUUCUUCUACAGAUAUAAUGGACAUAAAUCGACCAAGAGAACUGGAUCAUACGAAUGGAACGCUGCGCAACACAAUUCAAAUUGUACCCAAAACACCGAAAUCCUGUUUGCGGCGUAAAUCCUGUUUACAAGAAACAGCUUCAAGAGCGGCAUCGUUUGGCAUUCAACAAAUUACAGAUAAAGAUACGGAUACGAAUAUUUCAUCACAGACUAUCGCUUCUACUACCUCCGAUACAGUACAGCAUAGCUGUCCACGCAAGAAGGUGAUAUUUGCCGAUGACGAAGGUCUUGCUUUGACGCAAGUGCGAGUAAUGUCAGAACCUUCUAAUGUGCCACCUUACUGGAGUAUGAAAUUUCUCGAACAGAUUACUCAAGGCUUAGUAACACCUCAUCCGGCCGAUCAAUGGACUGUCGAUUUUAAACAACCUGCGUCCGACUAUUUGGCUUUCAGGCAAACCAUAGAACGUAAUUUUGUUUCUUUAGAAAAUGUCAUAGUCAAAGAUGAAGAAUCGUUGGUGGUGGGAACGGUUAAAGUGAAAAAUAUUGCUUACGAGAAAGAGGUGAUGGUACGCGUUACCUGGGAUGAUUGGAAAAGUCAACAGGAUAUAUUUUGCGCUUAUAAUAAAGCCUAUGGUCCGGCCAGUUGUGCUCACGUCAUUUUUGAUACGUUCUCAUUCAAAAUUACCCUGCCGCCAUCAUCGAAACGUUUGGAGUUCUGCAUUUGUUUUCGUUCUGGCAAUCAAGAGUGUUGGGAUAAUAAUCAAAACAAAAAUUACACGAUUACGAAACGUUCACCAUUCUAUUGUAAUAGCACUUUAACUUCAUACAGUAAAUCAGCGUUGGCCUUACAAAAUACUCAUCAAAGAUCUACUUUGUCGGAGGCAUUGACUAAAAGGGAAAAUCAAUCUAAAAAUGAACGGAAAAAUUUGUGGCAUCAUCACGAACAUAGUCCUUAUUGGUAAAAACAAAAUAAAUAAAAAUAAAAGAGCGAUAGAGAAGCAAAAAAUGUAUAAGGUUAUGCUUAAAGGCAAAGAAGUUUUUAUGGGAGUAAAUAAUAUGAGCGAAGAAAUUAUUAAGUCGUCUUUGCACAAAUCCACAGCGAUCAUGGCGUAAAUUGAAAGUAAAAAUAUUUCGCGACAUUUACUUGGUCCGUUCUUUCUGCAAUCAUUAAAUACCGCUCGAAGGUCAUUAAAGAUUUAAUUUCAAUGAAAUCUAUACUAAUUGGUCACUCAGAGUGAAUAGAAUCUCGAAGAUUAAAAUCCUUAUCACUAAAUCUAUUAUUUACCUACGACACACAAUUUUUUUCCUGCUCAUCCAUAUACUAAUUCUCCGCACAUUUAUUGCGAGUUUGCAGCACAAUUUUUUACACGAAAUUUACUGCAAAUAUAUUAUUUUCCCUCCAUAUCCAAAAUAUAAGCAAACGUCGACUACUUUACAUAUGUUGAUGCAAUUUUCAAUUUUGUAUUUAUGGCGUAAAUAUAAUACAUAUGGAAAAAGAACAAGAGCAAAAAAACCGAACUAUAGGUUAGAAUUUCGCUACGGAAUUAUACAUAGAUGCGUAAGUUAUUUACGUGUAAUGAAAGCAAACACGCAUCAUUUUGGAAGGAGAUCUCCUUUAAAUAACUUUCUACUUAUUGUACAUCCUUUACUUUUAAAAAUGAAUGUUAGAGAUUCUCCGUGAUACAUUGCUUAAAAGAGUUUUUUAAGUUAACAUUAUCUUUUAAUAUAUCAUCUAUAAUCAUAAAUUUAUCAAAAAAAAUUGUUGGGGGUCUUAUAAGAACUCUCGCAAGCAUAAAGUAUACAGCAAAAACUACAAAUUUAGAUUCCAUUGAAGUUAUAUAUAGUUAAAUAAUAGGGUAUAUAGCUAAAUACCCGUAAUUUUGUUGUUACAAUUUUUGUUUACCGUAGACGUAACUUUUUGUGUUACACAGUUAGAUAGCAUGGUGAGAUGCUGUGUUAACCAGUAAUUUUUAAACAAAAGUAUUACAGAAAGUAAACUCAAAAAUAUUAAGUGAAUAGCAAAGAAACUUAAAACAAAGAACAUUAACGUGCAAUUUCUCUCUUAUACAUUUUUUUUUUUUUUUUUUUUUUUUUUUUUUU